AUGUCUGGCAGAGUUGCUCCGGGUCUGGGGUCGCGCAUCGCCUGCUCUGCGAAGGCCUAUAUACCGCGGCGGGGCACGACAUCAAGCCUGCUUUCCAGAAACUCCAAGAGCAGCCUCAGGAAGCACCGCCUCGCAGCAAACACAGCUCCCCUCCCUCCUGCCCUCGGCCCGUGCCCGCUCUAUCGCUCCUUGUCUUCUCGCUCGGGUCUGUAUUCCGGCCGAGGGGACGCGCCGAGUGCGGAACGCGACCCCGAGCAGCUGCUUCUGUCCGACGCGCAGCGCAGGACGAUCUACGCGCUCUCUACACCGCCGGGUAAGGCAGGCGUCGCGGUGGUCAGGAUCUCGGGGCCCGAUGCCCUCGAGGUGUGGAGACAAGUGGUGCAGAUCCGUCGCGAGGGCAAGGGGAAAGCGCGUGAACGCGACCCGGAACCAUGGAAGAUGCACCGGUGUCAUGUCGUCCAUCCCCAAACGCAUGAAGUGCUCGAUGACGGGCUUGCCGUGUUCUUCAAAGGUCCGAAGUCAUUCACGACGGAAGAUGUGCUUGAGCUGCAUGUACACUCCGGCCGCGCUAUCAUAUCGUCCGUGCUCAGUACCAUUGCGUGCCUGCCCUUCUGCCGCCCUGCUGAGCGUGGAGAGUUCACCCGACGCGCGUUCGAAGGCGGCCGACUCGACCUCACCCAGGUUGAGGGGCUACGCGACCUCAUCGACGCGGAAACGGAAACACAGCGCAAGCUCGCGCUGAGAAAUGCCGAGGGUGCUACGCGGGCGCGCCUUGAGCAUCUCAGGAAGGAGAUCAUCCAGUGUAUGGCUCUCGUCGAGGCCCUGAUCGACUUCGGGGAAGGCGAAGACAUCGAAGAGGGCGUGUACGACCAAGCGAGGGAACGCGUUCAGAAGCUUCGCGCGACUAUAGCGCACCAUCUAUCUGACAACCGUCGAGGCGAAAUUAUGCGCUCUGGGGUACGGCUCGCUAUAUUUGGUCCUCCGAACGCCGGGAAGAGCAGCUUGCUGAACUUCUUAGCUCAACGAGAGGCUGCGAUCGUCACGCCCGUGCCCGGGACGACGCGCGACAUCCUAGAGGUCUCCCUGGACAUUGGCGGGCUGCCCGUCAUCGUCGCCGAUACCGCCGGUCUGCGGCACACGCAGGAUGUCGUCGAGAAGAUCGGCGUCGAGCGCGCACGAAAAUCAGUCGAAACGGCCAACAUCGCGCUCUGCGUGUUAGCGGCAAAUGAGGUGUUCGUUCGAACCCAGCAGGGCAGAUGGGAGCUGCAAAUGCCUCCCUCCCUGGAACCCCUGCUCAAACAGGACAACCGUUUGCUCCUGCUGAACAAGACGGACCUACUCCCGGCAGACAGCCCACAACCUAUUCCAAUGGAUGCAUGGCAAAUUAGCCUCAGUACCGGCGCAGGCUGCAUAACUUUCAUGCGGGGACUUUCGAAUAUGCUGCAGCAAAGAUUCAACCUGUUGGGCGAGGACGGAGCACGCGUUGAAGAGCCGCUCAUCACGCACGCACGGCACCGCACACACCUCGAGAACGCGCUGGGGUUCUUGGAUGCGUUUCUAGCUACGCCCCCCGAAGACGUGGUUCCUGCCGCGGAAGAGCUGCGGUAUGCCGCGCAGGCUAUCGGCAAGAUCUCGGGUCUCAUAGAUGUGGAGGACAUCUUGGAUGCGGUGUUCCGCGACUUUUGUAUAGGAAAGUAG